CAAAGCCAUAAAGCAGAUAUAUGUUAUUCUUGCAAAUAAAAAAUACGUUUACUCAAAUUCCUUCGUCUCGAAUUUUUCUUUGCCUCAAAGAUGUUUGACGAAUUGUCUGAAUGAAUUGAAAUUCGGAGAAAUUGAAGGAAUUCAAUUACUUUUCUCCUCUCCGUUCUGAACAAGAUCUGUGAUGAUGGCAAUCAGCAAAACAGAGAUUAAUUUAAGGAGAUUGCUUUCCGCUGCACCUAAUCAACAAAAUCAGUCAAAGCUUAUGCAUUAUGUUGCUACUCUGAGGGAACAAUUAGAACAACUGUCGGAAGAGAAGACACAUGAAGGUCUUCCCAGGGUUACAAAGACUAAGGUGAAUGAAUACUAUGAGAAGAUUGAAGCUGUUGCUUCCAAAAUAGCUGCUCAAGUGAUGGCAUGGUUUGUGGUUGCUCUUUCGCUAAUUGUUAUCUGGGUCGCUUCUCUUUGCAAAAUUUUCUUUGGAGCAACAUUUAGUUUCAAAGCUGCAAUUCUUGAUGAUGGUAUAACCCCUCACAAGAAAAAUGUGCUGUUCGUCAUCGCACAUCCUGAUGAUGAGUCAAUGUUCUUUUCUCCAACAAUAAACUACUUAACUACCAAUGCCUACAACCUUCACAUAUUAUGCUUCUCCACUGGUAAUGACGAUGGUAUGGGAAGCAUUAGGAAAGAUGAGCUGCAUCAGGCUUGUGCAGUGCUCAGGGUUCCUCUUCAACAGUUAAAGAUUCUGGACCAUCCAAAUUUACAGGAUGGUUUUGGGCAAGUAUGGAGUCAUGAUUUGUUAACGGAAAUCAUCGAUGAAGCCGUCACUAAUCAUGAUAUUCACACGAUCAUAACAUUCGAUAAUUAUGGUGUUUCGGGUCAUAGCAAUCACCGUGAUGUGCACCAUGGAGUAUUAAAGUUCCUCAAGAUUAGAACAGAAAGAAAUAUCAAAGCUUGGGAAAAACUUGUAAGCCUUAAAAUCUUUCGCAAGUAUUGUGGACCCGUCGACUGGCUGUCAAUUUUGUCUGCCAAAAGACAUCCGAGUAAACUAAUCAUUAUAAACGAGCAGCCUUGGAAAAGCUUCGAAGCAAUGGCACAACAUUUAAGCCAAUGGGUUUGGUUUCGAAAGCUUUUCGUUAUUUUUUCGAGCUAUACAUACACGAAUAUACUUUGUAGAAUCAACCCUUGAAUCCAGAUUUUGAGAGAC